AUGGCGAGCGAUUUCUAUUUGCGUUAUUACGUUGGGCACAAGGGGAAGUUCGGCCACGAUUUUCUCGAGUUCGAGUUCCGCCCUGAUGGGAAACUGAGAUAUGCAAACAACAACAAUUAUAAAAAUGAUGUCAUGGUCAGAAAAGAAGCCUACAUACACAAAAGUCUGAUGGAAGAGCUAAAGAGGAUAAUCGAUGACAGCGAAAUCACGAAAGAAGAGGAUGCAUUAUGGCCGCCUCCUGACAGAGUUGGCCGGCAGGAGCUCGAAAUUGUAAUUGGUGAUGAUCACAUCUCUUUUACCACAUCAAAAAUUGGUUCUCUGGGGGACCUAUGA